GACAAAAAGGGUAUCAUAACUAAUCACCAAUAAGUGAUAAAUUCUAGUAGUGCUCGUUACUGGAGCUUCUGGUUACGUCGCCCUUCACUGCGUACAGCAACUGCUCGCAGCAGGCUUCACUGUGCGAGGAACCGUUAGGGACAAAAACAAUCAGAAAAAGGUCUGGAAAAUAGAAGGAAUGAAUAAAGCAAAUAAAACAAAUAUAAGACAAUAUUUAAAAACUUUUUCAAAACCGCAAACGGAUGAGAAUACAAAUGGACACUUGGAACUCGUUGAGGCGGAUUUAUUGAAUUCUCAGGAUUGGCCCAGGGUUAUGGAUGGUUGUUCAUUCGUUCUUCAUGUGGCAUCCCCAUGGCCGAUCGUAGCGGACGAGUCCACAGUUCAAACCGCAGUUGAGGGCACUAUGAACGUACUGAGGACUGCAGCUACUAUUUCAUCUGUCAAAAAGGUGGUGAUAACAAGUAGCUGCGCAGCUAUCAAUGAUGGUCAUCGCAGUGAUUCAAAAGUGUUCGACGAAAGAUGGUGGACAAAUUUGGAUAAUCCGCGAGUUGAAAAUUAUGCUAGAAGUAAAACCAUGUCUGAACUAGCGGCCUGGAAGUUCUGGAACACACUUGAUCACAAUAAUCGUUUCGCACUGACGGUCCUCAAUCCAACCUUUAUCGUCGGCCCGCUUCUUUCUAACGUUCGUCACGGCAGCGCCAUCAUCGUUGGUAGGUUUAUGGACUAUCGCACGUAUUUAGCCUCACCUAAAGUUAGCGUGGGAAUCGUUGACGUACGAGAUGUUGCAAAAGCACAUCUAGAAGCGCUGAGAAGGCCUGAGUCCGAUGGAGAACGAAUUCUCGUCACAGCACGUUCCGUUUGGUUCGAAGAAAUGGUGUAUUGGCUACGAAAAGAGUUUGUUAGAUUCGGUUACAAGAUAUCACCUAUAGUUGCUCCCAAUUGGUUGGUGAAAUUUUACGCACUAUUGAAAGUCGACAAACACGUAGCAGCAAUCAUUCAUAGAGUCGGCUCUGAAGUGAAAUUUGAUAAUUCCAAGUCUCGAGAAAUACUCGGAAUAUUGUAUAGUGAUCCACAAUUGGCUCUUAUCAAAAUGAUGCACGACAUGAUCAACUAUGGCAUGGUUAGAACGUCGACGAAGUACAAGAAAUGGAAAGCGAAAGAAGAAAGGAGGCAAACAGACAUGAACGCCACCAGCUAG